CAAGAAUCCAUAUAAAUCUUUUUUUAAGGUUAUGUUAUUUUUUUCAAAUUUUAUGAAAUUAAUCAUGUUUGGAUGGUUUCUAUAUUAAUUUUCCCAUUGUUCGAGUGAAAUUUGCAAUUUUUGUCUGCAAUUAGAGUGCAUUUGUGCAAUUUUUAUGCAAAAAUAUCAUCUCCCCUAUAGUAUUCAAAAAUUGAGUGUUUUGCAUUUUUAAAGCAUUCAAAUGGCUACUAACAGUAUUUCUAUGAAGGAAUGUGAUCAAGACUUAAAGGAAAAAGGUGGGACUGUAGAAAAUUCCAAUUUAAAGCGGUUUAUCAAGUUGGUGAAAGGUCUCAAUACGGUCUCCAAAACUGGGGCAGAAAAGGCUUUGAGGCAGAUCAGAGAUGAUAUUUUAAAGCAUUCCGAAUGUAGCAAGUAUUUAUGUGAUAAUAAAGCAUUUAAAUCUAUCACUCAAUUCCUUGAUUUCCCCAAUGAGAAACUUUUGAAUCUGUCCAUUAGUAUAUUGGCUACUUGCUGUGUCCAGAAAGAAGCAAGAACUCAGGUCUAUGAAUGUAAUGCUAUACCGCAGAUUGCAGCCGUGUUGAAGAACAUAUCUCAAGAUGGGGUGCAGAACAGGGCUUGUCGACUGGUGGCCAAUUUGGCCCAAUCUGAGCUCAUCGUGUACGAAUUGCACAAGCACAAGGUUGUUGAGUCCAUCGUCAAAAUUCUAAGCUCCAACUCGUCAUCUGGAACUCAACAGUCUGGCAUCCGCGCAUUGAGAUUGCUAUGGGAAUCGCUGGGCUACAACGACUGGAGCAUGCGGCAGACAAUGCUGCAAGCGUGCGUAGCGGAGGUGACAGCCGAAGCACUCAAGAUCCAAAACAAAGAACUGACGCAGUGCGCGCUUCGGGCGCUCGAAGCGUUCACGCAACCGCCACGCGCAGCCUCCUAUUGUGCGCAUAACUUGCCUCAGUCACUCUACCCGCUACUCAUUGCCAAUCUCAGAGAUCGUCAAGGCUGUCAGGUAGCAGUGAACUUGACACAAGAUAGCAGGGGCGUGAUGAUGCUAAACCAGAACUACGCACUGAAGAGCGUGAUCGACCUGUUUGCCGCGUCUGUCCUGUCACCGCGGCGUUCCAAGGUUCCUGAUGACGUCACACUUGCCAGCUCUGUGCUGCCGGGACUACAGCCGAUGUCUUCCUCUGCCAAUGACGUCACUACAGUGCGUCCGGCAACUAAUGACGUAACUCCGGUGUCUUCUUCUGUGAAUGACGUCACUACAGUGCGGCCGGAAACUAAUGACAUAACUCUGGUGUCUUCCUCUGUGAAUGACGUCACUACAGUGCGGCCGGCAACUAAUGACGUAGCUCCGGUGUCUUCCUCUGCAAAUGACGUGCGGCCGGCAACGAAUGACGUCACUGAGCCACUAGGACAUGUCUACCUACUUUCAGUGCUGUUGUGCACACUUUGCAAAGAAGUGACUGGACGCACACAGCUGCUGAACUCUAGCAAUGGCACCUCUGUCUUCCUGCAUCUGUUGGAACAGCAGGAGCACAGCCACAUCAAAUCGCACCUGUAUCAGGUGUUGCUGCAAUUCACACUUGAGCCCAAUACAUUGCAGUACCUAGCCAGAAAUGGACUGGUCCAGAUUCUUGUGAAAAGACUAGAGUGCUAUACCAAGGCACACGGCCGUCUGCACCGAGAUGCAUACAAAAGUGAGAUCCUUGAGCGAGCUACCAUGAGCUACGAGCUAAAGAGCUACGCGCCUCCAGGUUGGGUGUCGCCUUCGCCGUCGCCGUCACCACCGCACGUCGCCAAAUCGCAGCAUGUGGCCGGGAAUGCGUCACCGAGGGACGGCGACACGUUGGACGGCAGCGAUGACUCGUGGGGUGACUGCUGUGACUACUCGCCCAUUUGCAGCAGUGAAGGAGAGGGGGGCGUCGCGACGGGCUACCACAGUGACGGCGACGCUUACGAGCCGGCAGUCCAUAACCAGCGAUGCAAGCAGACCUUCUAUGAGUCAAUUGCUGGCCAACAGUCUGAUCCGCAGUUCGCACCGUCCUUUUUCGGACUGAUGGAUGACGAACAUGUCAUCUACUUUCUGGAGAAACUGACUCACGGAGGCGCCACUCUAAAUGACUUGGUGUCUAUGCGAACCAUCGACGCCAUUCUCAAUUACAAGGUGCUAGUCAACAACCCCAAGUCUAGAGUUCUCAAAUUUUUGGAGGCACUUGCUAGGAAAGAGCAGUACUACUGCCGCCUUCUGGACGACGAGUUUGUGCUUCGUGUGCACCGGGCGUGGUGUCGGCCGAAGCACGGCGAUGGUGACUCGGAAUGCAGCUACUGCCAGUGGCUGGCUAAGGCCGGUGCACAAGUGCUCAAGGCCAGUGCACACUUGGCCGAGACAGGGCUCGGCGAGGGAGAGAUGGCUCACCGACUGCUCACCGGCUCGCCCAAAGUGCAGUUCCAAGUGGCGCUCACUGUGCCACUUGUCAUCAGAAACGUGAGACUGUUAGACCGUCUAUUGUACAAGUACAAGGCGUACUCGAUUCUGACAUGGCCACUGUAUGAGGGGACCGCAGACCAGUCUCAACUGGAGGACAUUGCGUUUAGUAUCCGUCAACUAUUCAACGCUCUCGAGUACACCAAUCCACAGGUCCGCCCAGCUUCUACUUGCCGUGGCUGCAACGUGCUGAGCCUGCGCCCGGCAGCCACCGUCACGUUCCGCCUGGACGACGGGUCGCUGGUGGCUGCCUGCAAGCAGGUGCUCAGUGAUCAGUCGCCCGUCUUCGAGGCCAUGUUCCGUGGCGGCUUCCAGGAGGCCGAACAGAGUCAGGUUCGAAUCCACGACGUGUCUGUGAACUGUCUGAAGACGUUUGUGCGCUUGGUGGAGGUGUACUGUGCGUGCACUCUGCCCGCCAAUGUGGCAACACUGUUGGAACUGGUGGCUGUGGCCGACCGCUUCCUGGUCGCCGGAUUAUCGGCCAAAGUGCUCGCUCAUGUCAUCAACAGCAAGCUCGACUAUACUUGCUGCAAGGAAAUCUAUCAGUGGGGUAUCGAGUGUAAACUACCAUUGGCCAAAGACGUUUCCACAGAUGUGAUGAAAUACAUUUUCACAGCGAAGAUGUCGCAAACUCAACUGACGCAAGCGCUCGACAGUAUGAUCAGAAGCAGCGUCAAACGCCAUUUCCUAGAUGAUCUUAAAAAUAUGAUAAGUGAUCGAAUCAGAACCAUUUCACCUUGAUACAGUGAGGCCUAUAACAGAAUGAAAAUAAUUUUAUAACAGAAAACAUUAUGCUUUAUAACAGAAACAUUUGCCUCCAAAUACGGUGACUGUUUCAAAAUAUCAGCAGUUCAUAUAAAUAAACGUCAAUGCCUUCUAUUCAUCCAAUGCAGAAAGUUUGAAGUAAUCUCAUUAUACAGAACUUAAAGGUAUUGAAGUUUUCAGUUAACAGACAUGUUGUGCGACUGUGAGGCAGGACACUUCCCUAUUUUAUGUUUCAGUGAAUAACUCGCCCUGUAUUGUAGCGAAACAUCUCAUAUUAUAGCACGACUCUUGUUAGGUCAUCCUCUAUCUAUAGC